AUGAUUACAGUGAUAACGCAGCAGGAAACUAUUUAAGGCAUAACCGGCGACACUUCCAAGGAGAUUCUGGAUUACACCUAUAAAUUACGACCCGUUUUAGAGAAUAACAGACCAGCCUUAGAAUUCAGAAUCCCACGAAGACCAGCAACAGUCAACAAAGUUGUAAGCAAAGAUAAAGAUGUGUCAAUAAAAUUAGACGAAAGAUCUGAGAGGGUUUGGAGCUUAUUCCACCACGCUGAUCCAAUGAAUUUUGGUAGAAACACACAUUACAGGAUAAUUUCAGACAUAUAAAAGUUUUCUCAGGAUUUUAAAAGUUUUCUCAGGAUUUUUUCAUUCACAGCCAACCUUAUCAGUGUCAAUAUGCGGUCAGAAUCCAAUAAUCCUAUAAUUGAGAGGACGUCCACCAUGUCCUAAUUUCGUGCUAUAAAAUGGAGGGAAAGGCUCUCUCGAAAUCAGUUGACAUCUCGUCUUCAACAGUGAUACCAGUAUAGGAACAUUUACCACAAGUAAAGAUGAUCGCAUUGAUGAGGCUCACCUUCGCUUUAACUCUUGUAGCAGUACUAUUUUGCUUAAUAGAUUUGAGUGAAGCUAAUUAUAAAAACGCCCCCAUGAAUGGAAUCAUGUUUGGAAAGAGAGGACCCUCAGAAUACGAUUCCAGAGUCAAAACGCUGACAGCUCUGUGUGAGAUUGCAACAGAAGCCUGCCAGACCUGGUUCCCAUCGCAAGAAAAUAAAUAGAACACCGAUUUAUGAACAUGGACGACGAGACAAUAUUGACAAGAUUACAAAAAGAUAUAUAAUCGCACAUAACAUUUUUGCGAAAUAUUAAAUGCUUUAAAAUAAUAUAGUAAUUAUAUUAGUAGAAUUAGAAGUAGUAAUUAACGCUUCAUUAAA